AAUAGAACCACGUGACCCAUUUAAAGUGGGAGCGUAAAGAUGGCAGCCAAUGUCAGCGAAUUAAACAUGGCUCGACUAAGAAGUUCGGUGUUUUCAGUGCUCCGGUUGGACCUCCUCCGUCAGUCACUCUGCGUCCUGGUGGCUUUCUGCGUCCUGACGCAGGCAGAGCAGCAGGAGUUUCUCGAGGACUUUCUGAAGCGGGAGUUUUCUCUGGUGAAACCGUAUCGAGGACUGGGCUUCUCCAGCUCCUCCCAGUGGGAUCUGAUGGGAACCGCCAUGGUGACGCCUGACCAUGUGAGGCUGACCCCAGACCAGCAGAGCAGACAGGGAGCGGUGUGGAGCCGGAUCCCGUUCGUCUUGAGGGAUUGGGAACUUAGAGUUCACUUUAAAAUCCAUGGCAUCGGAAAGAAAAACCUAAACGGAGAUGGACUUGCCAUCUGGCUUACCAGAGAUCGCAUGCAGAAUGGUCCCGUUUUCGGCAACAUGAACCAGUUUGUUGGACUUGGACUAUUUGUGGACACUUACCCAAACGCAGAUAAAACCCACGAUAGGACCUUUCCGUACGUCUCGGUAAUGCUGGGAAACGGAACCCUGACGUACGACCACGACCAUGACGGGCGGACCACCGAGCUCGGAGGAUGCACGGCCAUGACGCGCAAUUCCAUUUAUGACACCUUCCUGCUGGUCAGAUACUCAAAGAACAAGUUAACGCUCAUGGUGGAUGUGGACGGGAAACAGGAAUGGAGAGACUGUGCUGAAGUCAGUGGGCUGAGGCUUCCCACUGGAUACUACCUGGGUGCCUCCUCUGUUACUGGAGACUUGUCAGAUAACCACGACAUCAUCUCAAUGAAAGUGUACCAGCUGACGGUAGAGAGGACUCCAGAGGAAGAGGAGGAAGAGGUGGUCACCAUCCCGCGGGUGGACGACAUGUACCAGUUUCAAGUGGACGUGGAGGAGGAGGGGAUGAGUGGGCUGCAGCUGUUCUUCACCCUGCUGUUCUCCGUCCUGGGCCUGGCCGUGCUGGCCGUGGUGGGACUGGUGCUUUACGGCCGCUGGAAGGAAAACAAGCGCAAACGCUUCUACUGAGAGGCGCUGCUUCUCAGAACACAGGUCCUCGGUGCACAUUAGAUCAACUAGAGACCGCCAUGCUGUGACUGGAACUGAGACUGACGACCUUCUGGGUCGAACGUGGAGAGAACACGAGCGGGAUGGACAGAUAAGUCAGGUGGAUAGUGUUUUAAUAUCUUUUUUUUUUCUUUAAGUUCUCUGGAGGAUGUGAAGGUCUCAGCAGGUUAUCUGCUGAGUGAGACUCUGUCCUCACCAACAGGAGGCAACAAAAGAAUCAAGUGUCCAGAAUCAAAUUGCUGUGUGGACUUCACUGACAUCAUGAUACGGGAGCUAAUGCUGAAGUUUAAGGCAGCGCACCACCAAUCAUCUCCCUGUGGGAAACACGGACAAAUGUCUGGUAGGAAAGUAAAGCGGUGUAAAUAUAAGCACUGCUUUGCUGUUACACCAGGCAGGAAGUUUGACCCUAAACAAGUUCCGUUCUCAGCAGGACAUUUAUUGGGGACGCACCACCUCUACUUCCUGUCUAGCCAUUGGUUUCUCAGUCAGUAGCUCUGAAAGUGAAAGGGUUGUAAUAAUGAGAUGGUUCCAACCGCCAUCUUCAGGCUCCUGGAACAACUCAUCUGGGUUUAUCUAAAUGGACAUGCCAACAAAUGUUUACUUACUGCCUGUGUUUUUAAUCAGACAGUGUCUUUACAUCCUCUGUUCUCACUGCCAGUUUCAACAGGAAAAUCAUUGGUGAAGCAAAGUCACAAAAAAAAUCUGAACUAUCUCUUUAAGUUCCUUUGUUCUGUUAUGAGUGUAAAUUUAGCUCCAAUUUUUAUAUCGGUGACAUCACAAAUCUAAUUAUCCAAUCAGUGGACAGAUUGACUCUGCCUCAGUGAUCUAAAUAAUUCUGUAAGCAAUGGCUGUCCUUUGAUUGGACAACUAGGUUUGGCAUUAAGUCCAGGCUGUCCAAUCAGUUUGAGGUGUGAAAACAUCAGAAGUAUUCAGAGCGCAGGAGUUCCAGACAAUGUGAUUCCUGGGGGGGAAAAAAAAAAAAAGUUUUCUCGAGUUUCACUAAAACUCGAGUUUUAGUUCCUCUGAAACUCCCCAGGGACAUGAAGGGAUUUCUUUUCUUUUUUUUUUAACGAUACCUAGCAAAAGUAUUAGGUUCCCUCACAAAUUUUUUGCGUUCUCUCGCAAUAAUGCGCGAAUCAGUUCAUGUUGAAUCUUGAAUACUGAAAGUUUUUCUACUACAAUAUAAGGGUUUUGUAAGGUUCUUCCAUGUAUGUUAAUAUCUCAUUUCUGAGAUAUCUCAACUUUUAAACCUUUUUCUUUAAGAUACAAAUGAAGAUGGGCUUUCAUUCAAAACAGAAACUUUCUUUAAGAAAGAAAAACUACAUCCAAAGUAUUUGAACUAUUUUUGAGUUAUUUUCAUGGGGUAAUGAAUUCAUCCUACAUUAUGUCUUGUUGGUGGUGGCAGUGUGGUUAAUAUAGGGCCGUUUUCAUGUGCAGUCCCAUCUCAAACACAAACAACCAGUUUCUGCACCAAUGAGUUAAGGAUGUAGAAACAGGUUUUCACUGAGGCUCUUUUAACAUGCAUAUUGCAUGUUAAAAUUUUAAAUUGACAUUUGUUAUACCAUAUUUUCCAGACUAUAGAGUGCGCCUUACUAUACGCCACACCUACAAAUUUUUUGACACACUGGAAGCGUACACAUAUAAGCCUCACCGGGCUAUAAGCCGCUGGUAUCUCCGCCGCUCUCGGUUUUUCACAAGGACGCAGCCCUGCGCCUCCAACAGCGAACCAUAGAUCCGUUCACGUCGAGCUUACGUGCAGCCGCUCUGUUUCCCUCCCGUACUGCCAGAUCGAUAGCCCUCAACUUAAAAGAGGCAUCUUUCCCUUUGUGUGGUUUCCGUGAUGAGGGGGUAUGAGUUUGAAGAAAUUUCUCCAUCGUGCCUGCUGCUAGCAUGUGCUUGUUCUAAAUGAAAAUUUGCUCUUUCUUCCUCUAUUUCCAAUGACUCAUUUCCUGCUAAAGAGCCUGUGGCGGUUGAAAAACCUUUCACAGAAAAGCCGCACCGGGCUACAAGCCGCAUGGUUCAAAACGUGGGGGGAAAGUAGCGGCUUAUAGUCCGAAAAAUACGGUAAUUAUGACUGCAUACAAAUGAGACCAGGGUGUAUUUGCUCAUUUAUUGCGAGGGAAUGCAAUAUCUUUGUGACUUAACGCACAGAACAAAAUGUCCCCUAGCGGGUUCCGUAGUUUUCUCUUUAGUUCAGAUAUUUUUUGUCAUUGCAGAUCUCAACUCUUUUCCACACUGGCAUCAUAUUCAGGAAACCGGCUGACUUUCCAGCUGCUGCCUAUGAAAAAGUUGAUGUACAAGCUAGUGACCUUAUCGCUGCUAAGUAAUGAGACCCAUAAAAAAAAAAAAGAAAAAGCAUAUUUUUCACUGGUUCCCUGUGACGCACUGAAGCAGACACAUCCACAGACGGGAACAGGUCCCAUCAGGUAACCGUUUGUUUGAGAUUAUCCACUCUCCUGUCCUCCAGUCCUUGUUUUGCUAAUCCAACCAAACCAGCAGUCUUCAUUUCAACCUGCCGCCCGUUUAACUUUGACCUCCACUUCAAUCUGAAAUGUAGCUGCUAUGACCAAACAGCCAAGCUGUGGAUUGUUGCUGGAGUCUCGUUGAAGUGCCUCAUUAGGACCAGUAAAGACGGUCCUGUCCGUCUGCAGCUUUAAGCCGUUGUUUCUAGACACAGGGGCGUCCAAACUGUGGCCUGGGGGCCAUUUGCAGUUUCUAAAUGAUACAAAUGUGACUUUUUUUUUUUUUUUUUAAUUAGGAAAAAAAAAACUA